AUGGCCCCAAAGCAGCAUAUGGAAGUUGAUACUCCAGGACGAGGCAUGAAGAGGAUGCUCUCUCCUGCAUGCACAGGACCAAGAGUCGUGCUGGUCAGCCAGCCAAAAGGGCAAGGCAAAGGUGGAGGAAAGGGGCAGCAGCCUCUAUCCUCUCAGACUUAUGAACCUGCGCCUGAGCCGCCUUCAUUCACGGAAGAUUGCGCCAUGACGCAGCUGGACAUGGAAACACCUCCCCGUCAGACUCAGGUUUUGCAGCCUGUUGGAGAGAACUCGGAUGCCACUUACCAGGUUCAGAAGAAGAGAUUUGUCUAUGAGACACCACCUCGCCAUACCCGCACCAUCAAGUCACCUGGUGCGCCUUGUCGCCCACCACAGAAGGCGCAGGACUCCCCCACGAAGGACUCCCCCACCGCAGAACUUCUUGCUGAAGUGGAAGCAAUGUCGCUGGCCGAAGAAGCCCCCUCGGCUUUGCUGGCUCUUGGAGGGGAGACGUCCACAGUGAUACUCCGCACCAUCAACCACUUCUUAGUCAGCCUGACCCGGAAAAACCUGUCAGACUUCAAGGUGCCACCUGAGAGGCUCCUCGCUGUUGGGGGAGAUUUGAGGCAGGCACAGGUUGGCCCCGUGGAGCGCAUGAGAAUCCUCAAAUUUGUGGCCGAUGAUGAGACCACACAGCAGAAGGCUUUCCUGUACCUUUUUGAUUCUGUUGAGGGGCUGGGUCUCAGAGGUUUCGCAGAGAGUGAAACGAGCCAUCCUUCCUGGAACGCUUUCAAGAAGGCCAUCAGUAACUUCGACCAUGGUGCUUACAAAUCAGGAGACAAACUCGAGGCCAAGCGGGACGCGUUCUCUGUGUUCCUCUCAGACUGCGCGAAGCGUGACCCAAGCUACUUCUCAACUAUCUCAGAGUUGAUUGUGGAUGAGGACGAACAUGAACAACCAGAAGAUUGGGCAGAAGAGGAACCUGCAGAGGAACCCCGCACCAAGUCAGACUUGUACCGCCUUUUCAACAACAAAGGGCCCACUGUCAUGAUUUCACGCUUUAUGUCCGACCCGGAGCUUCGGUAUGCAGCUCUUAUCAUUUUGGAUGUGUCCUACCCUUUGGAGAACAGUUACUACUCAACCUUGGAGGCACUGUCGCAUGGCUGGCAGGAACAAAUGAGCUGGACAUCUAAUCGGGCUCUGGGUGAUUCUUGGGUUGCAACUGUGGCUUCAAUUCUGCAAACGCUGGAAAGUGAGAAGAUCCAUGACCAUCUAGACAUGGGUCACUGCUUGCGUUCAGAGGUCCCACCAGAAAUCCUUCCGGAUUGGGCUGCAGAUGAGGUGAAACGGUUAGAGAAAGCUGCGCUUUUUGCAACGAAGCUUUCAGAACACUGGCUGUGGUCAAAUAUCUUCUAUUUCUACCACUUUCCAUCAGUUGCAAUGGGGUUCCUGUCAGAAGACCCAGCGCGGAGAGAUAUGAUCUUCAACCAUAUGGGAAGACUUGCCUCCGCAGUGAAUGCAGCUGAAAUGGAAUAUGACAGACGCAAAAAUGGCAAUUUGAAACGACUUCUCUUCGAUCUAGGCUACAACCGACAGCCAUUGGCGCGUGAAGUGAUGGCAUUGGUGUUGCAGGAACAGAGAGAUGAAUUGAGAAAGGACUUUUUGCUCCUGAAGGAGGAGAAGAGGGAGAGUGGCUGGCUAGCGACAGAUCUUCAAUGGAUGGUGAACUGCCAGCUCUCGGAAGACAAGGCAGAUUGGCGCUAUAUUCCAGUGAGGAAACUGUUGCGCGCUUUUGUGCCUGCGGAGGUGUUUGUGGAGGGCAAGUGCUUCGCUUGGGAAGUGGCAGGCCCUGGCGAGUCACUGAUCAAAUCAGCAGUCAGAGAAGGCGCUUGGAUCUCAGCUGACAACUUGAAGCAGAUUUUGAGACAUCUUGGCAUCCCCUUUCCAGCUCAACGUUUGAAAGUGGAUUUGGCACAGGCAUUAGUCAACCAUUUUUUCGGAGACUCAGACAGUGUCACGGCUGAAGAGAGAAAGCGCAUGGUUGCUGGGCUGACAUGGCGAGGCAAAUUCGAACACCUGGGCGACAAAGAGAAAGAGAUCCUUGCUUGGGUUUCUGAGUUGGAUGAAGAGAACCGUAAUGCACCCGAGUUUCUUCGUAUCAUCAAACUUGCCAAGGAGAAACUCCAACAGACCAGCGAAGAGAAAGUCGCUGCUGAGACUCGCAAGACUGUUGAGAAAGAGUUCCAGAAAAUUCAGGAAACAAAAGAGCAGGAAAUGGAGCGGGUCAGAAUACUGGAGGAAGAAAGAAGAAAGAAAGCUGCCGCUGAGGCAGAAGCGGCAGCCGAGGCAAAGACAGCUGGAGGCUCUUCUAAAGAAAAGGCUGAUUCCAGCCGGAAAGCGAGCCAAACUCCUCCUUCCUUGAAAGACUUCUUGAAGGAUGAGAUGAGAGCCAAGAAAAUCAGCUUGAACCGGGAUGAGAAGGGCUAUGGCUACAGGGCGUUCUAUCCGAGUCUCUUGUUUACAAUUGGGUAA